AUGAUUGGUUAUGAUUAUCCUUUGGCCGAAAAAAUUGACGAUGAAUGUGCAGAUUUAUCAGAAGAUUUCAAACGGCUAUGUUUAUUACUGACAAUAUUAAUCAUUGGUGAAAAAUUGACAAUAUGUGGUGAUUGCCAUUUGAUUAGUAACAUGACGUUGUGGUCUACAAAAGAAAUGAUUGUUUUAUUAUCAAAUGUACUAGAAUAUGGUGAAUAUGGUGAAUAUAGUUGGAAACAAAUAGUUAUCGAUAUGAGAAAAACAUUUUCAACUAUAACAAAUCCAUGUGGACGAUAUACAAGCAAAAAUUGUCGUCAAGAAUAUUUACGUAUAAUGGAUCGUUAUAAAUGUGAAUGGGAAAAGUAUGGUAAACCAGAAUUGAUUCCUCAAGCAUCAUAUGCAUGGAAAAAAUUAAAAGAAUUUUAUGAAGCAGAAAUAUUACAACAACUGAAUGAAUCAAGAAAAAAAUUAACAGAAUUUUGUCUAAAAAUAGAAACUAUCAAUACUACAGCAACAACUCAAUCAACAACACCGAUGAGUAAUAAUAAUCAGAUUGUGGAUGAUCGUUUAUCAAUAUCAUCGACGAGCAGUGAUUUGUUUUCAUCACAAACAACACCGAAAAAAAACAGAUUAACACAUCAGAUAGUAUCGAGUCCAAUUAUACUAGUAAAACCAUUUGGCUCUUUUUUUGUGGACAUACCACCACAUACAUCAGUUACAGAAUCUAGUCCAAUAAAAGUCAAACAACAUACUGAAGAAACUGUGCAAAAGCACGAUGAAUUACAGUCACAUACGAUCAUUUCAACCGCAAUAUCCAUCACAUCAUCUGAACAACCAUCACAAAAUUCUUCUCAAUCGAAUAUAGUUCUAAUUAAACGAGAGCAAGUAUCGCCAAUAAUAGAAGAAAAUAAAGAUGAGAAACAAUCAAUGAAUCCAUUUGAAAUAAAUGAACCAGCAGUCAUAAACGCGCUUCCCGUCAGUUACGAAAAUCACCCUCUUCUCAAAGUAGAAGGGAAAGAAGAACAAAAUCGUACAACGCUCGAACCGCUUUUACAAUCUGGAACAAAACUUCUUAUCGAAGAUAAUUCAUUUUUACAGUCAAAUCAAUCACCAUCGAAAUUAUCACCCUCAAGCACUAGUCUUUCUCCAAAACGGACUCGUUCGAUUUCACAAUCUAUGCAGUCAUCUUCACCUCAAAAAUUUGAUCUAUCUAAAAGUGAAACAAGUGCGAAUAUGUCCAUUUGUCUUCGAUCAUCUACAACCACCGUACAACAAUCACAACAAGAGACAAGAACCCGAACAAUUUCUUCAACAGGCAGUUCUUCAAUAACCAAAUUUGAAAAUAAUAAUGACGACGAUUCACCAUCAUCACGUACGAGACGUUCAAGUUUUCGUCAAACAUCAAAAACAGCGCCAUCGAUUACAAAUUCAGAUACGUGUAUUGUUAGUUUAGAUCACACAGUAGUUAAUAUGAAUAGUGUGGAGGAGAAUACAAAUGCGAGUUCAUCUCGAUCAACGUCACGUGCUAGUUCAGAAACAAAAUUAGAUUUUAUUCAGCCGUUAACAUCUCAAAGUGCCAAUUCACAAAUAACUGAUACAACACCAGACAGUAGUGAAUCGAGUCGUGAUACAACCAUCGAAACAGUUCCACUACAUUUAAAGUCAAUAUCCAGUGAUGUAAAACCAAAAACGUCAUCAAUGACAUCAACUUCUAUGAUGACACGACGUUCAUUAAUACGUUCGUCGGAAUCACACAAUAACGAUGAGACAAUAUCUUUCAAUCUUUCAGCGUCAAUUGAUGAAAAAUUCUCUGCUUUUUCCAUGUUAGAACCGAAAUCUUGGAAAUCUUAUGCAGUUGAUAUAAUGAGAUCAAUUUUAAGUCAAAAAUCUGGUUAUAUAUUUCUUCAUCCUGUCACAGAUGAAAUUGCUCCCAAUUAUCAUAAACUCGUUAAAAAACCAUCAGAUUUAAAUACAAUUCGUAAACGUUUAGAAUCGGGUGAAAUUUCAUCAAUUCGUGAAUUUCAAGUUGACAUCAUGCUCAUGUUUAUCAAUGCUAUUAAAUAUAAUCCACCUACGCAUCGCGUACAUCGUACAGCUAAACAAGUUUUUCAUCGAAUAUUACCACAAUUUGAAACAAUACCUGAUGUACAUUUCCCAAAGAGUUUCAAUAUGUUCGAUCAACUACUACUAGGAUCAUCGUCAAGAUCAGAAUCGUUACAAAAUGUUUUAAUAAAAGAACAAAGUCGAUCAUCCGAUCAUUUGCAACAACCACCUUCGAAAAGAAGACGCUUAAGAUGA